GGGUCAAGGCGGGCCCUGCGCCCGGAGCUGCCUGGGUAAAGCCCAAGAUGGCUGCCUCCGUGUAGUACCCGUGUGAGGCCGGCUGGGGCAGUCCCUGUGCUUUCCUUGAAGACUACGUCUGGCCCUCGCUCUUCUGCGCGUGCGGUGUGCUGUUGUAGGGCGGAGACGAGAGCCAUGGCAGGGAGCCUCUCUUGGAUGGCAGGCAGGGGCUUAAGGGGCUGGGUGCCCCUGGCUUGCAGAAGCUUCUCUCUGGGUGUUCCUGGAUUGUUCCAUGUAAGGGUCACCCUCCCGCCCCCCAAAAUAGUUGAUCGUUGGAACGAGAAGAGGGCCAUGUUCGGGGUGUAUGACAACGUUGGGAUCCUGGGAAACUUUGAAAAGCACCCCAAAGAACUGAUCAGGGGCCCCAGAUGGCUUCGAGGCUGGAAGGGGAAUGAAUUGCAGCGUUGUAUCCGAAAGAAGAAAAUGGUUGGAAAUCGGAUGUUCAUUGAUGACCUGCACAACCUUAACAAACGCAUCAGCUAUCUCUACAAACACUUUAACCGACAUGGAAAGUAUCGGUAGAAGAGAAAGCUGGGAGCUGUGGAAGAGGCACAUCUAUCCCCCAGCAGAAGAGGGACAGUACUUUCCCUUAAGAGGAAAGGGAUUUGUAUGCUCUCUGUAAUAAAAUGGGGCUUCUUUGGAA